AUGACCAAUUCCAGUCUCACUAGAACUCCCGCCGGGAGUUCACCUGUCUACCUCGCCGAGGGGGGCGCAAAUAUUGUCUAUCGCUUCGUCUCUGCACCGGUCAAAUCUCUCACGAAGGAUCCGAACAGACCAUUACCUUCACUUCCGAUUGAAAGUCUGGAACAGCGCACUUUACCAGCCUCCUUCCGAGGCAAACUGCUUCGUCUGCGCAAGGAAACCGCCGCAGAUCUUUCAUACAAAGAAAUUGUCCAGAACUUCAACAAUAUCGUGCGACCGCUUUUCAAGCCCGAAGAGCUAGUUGAUCAGGCUCUCAUCCGGCUCCCGGAUGGAUUAAUCCAGCGCUGUAAUGAACAUCUCCACAUUGAUGAACUAAGCGGCAAGCGGCCGAAGAAGCGACACGGUGGAUACCUGUGCCUCGACGAGCCGUUUGGGCUCCUCAUUACUGAUAUGACGACCGCCGAUGACCCCAGCGCUACGAUGGCUGAAUUAAAGCCCAAGUGGCUAACCCAGUCCCCGUCCGCGCCUGGAAAUGCCCGGAGGUGUCGCACCUGCGCCUUGAGAGAAAUGAAGAACCACGAAGCGCGUAGAAUGGGGCAAACUGAACAACGCUCCUUCUGUCCCCUGGAUCUGGUAUCUGAUCAUCCUGAAAACGUCCUACGGGCAACAAAGUUCAUCAAAGGAUGCAAGGAUCAACACCGACUCGCCAAAAUACUACUCCGCAAUCCGAUUCUGCAAAAGCUACAGUCUGAGCAAAGGCGUCGAGACGAAGUCGGCCUACUUGGUCCUCCGGCUCUAUCUCGGGACAUGUCACUUGAUAUGACACUCCGCGACUGCACAAUGUUCAUCAAGAUCCCUCGAGACGAAAUAUCUCCCGUGGAAAUCCGCCUCGGCGACCUGGACAUGAAGACAGGCGCCGGAGGGAAAUCCAAGUACUGGCGCGAUGUAGAGAUCAAGUUGAUCGGUGGAGGCUGGUAUAAUGGUAACAGCCAAGAGGCUAGUGACUGUGCGUUACAUCGGGCCAAUAGCUCAACAUGA